AUGGGCAAGGGGGGCCAGAAUGGAGAGGGGUGCAGUUCUGGCUGCGUCAAGUCGGAUCCUCACUACAGUUGGGAAGAAAUCCAGAAACACAACACGAGGACUGAUAAGUGGCUGGUGAUAGACCGCAAAGUCUACAACAUCAGUGACUGGGUGAAGCGGCACCCCGGGGGCCUGAGAGUUAUCAGCCACUUUGCCGGCGAAGAUGCCUCGGAAGCUUUCCAUGCAUUUCAUCCAGAUCUGAAUUUUGUGAGGAAAUUUCUGAAGCCGCUGUAUGUUGGAGAAUUGGCCGAAAAUGAGCCCAGCCAGGACCGUGGAAAAAGUAUGGAGCAAGUGGAAGACUUUCAGAAAUUACGCAAAACAGCAGAAGACAUGGGACUUUUCAACAGCAGCGUGGUGUUUUUCAGUCUUUACCUAUUACACAUCCUGAUCCUAGAGGCUCUCGCCUGGGCUACCCUCUACUACCUUGGCACUGGAUGGAUACCAACUAUAAUGAUCAUUCUGCUCCUCGCAAUUUCUCAGGCCCAGGCUGGUUGGCUGCAACAUGACUUUGGACACUUAUCUGUCUUCAAGAAGUCAAAAUGGAAUCAUAUUGGCCAUAAAUUCAUCAUUGGCCACCUGAAGGGAGCUUCAGCCAACUGGUGGAACCAUCGGCAUUUUCAGCAUCAUGCCAAGCCUAACAUAUUCAGCAAGGAUCCAGAUGUGAACAUGGUCCACAUUUUUGUGUUGGGUGACACCCAGCCUGUGGAGUAUGGGACGAAGAAGUUAAAGUACCUGCCGUAUAAUUACCAACACCGGUAUUUUUUUCUGAUUGGUCCUCCACUUCUGAUCCCAGUGUACUUCACAGUCCAAAUUAUGAAGACUAUGAUAACCCGCAAGGAUUGGGUGGAUCUAGCUUGGUCUCUGUCCUACUAUACUCGUUUUUUCUUCACAUUUGUUCCUUACUUUGGAUUUUUUGGAUCCAUUGCCCUGCUCACCGCAGUCAGGUUUAUUGAGUCACACUGGUUUGUGUGGGUCACACAGAUGAAUCAUAUCCCCAUGGAGAUUGACCAUGAAAAAUACAGAAACUGGCUGGGCAGUCAGCUGGCAGCAACAUGCAAUAUAGAACAAUCCUUCUUCAAUGACUGGUUCAGUGGACAUCCUCAACUUUCAGAUUGAACAUCAUCUAUUCCCAACUAUGCCUCGCCACAACUAUUACAAGAUUGCUCCCUUUGUACGUUCUCUGUGUAAAAAGUAUGAUGUACUCUACGAAGAAAAACCCAUGUGGAAAGCCUUCAAGGACAUCAUUGGAUCUCUGAGAAAGUCAGGGGACCUGUGGUUAGAUGCCUACCUCCACAAAUGA